ACACAUCAACCGGAUCAUCGGCAGAAGCAUGACGCGGCAUUGACAAAUACGCCGUGCAUUUAACGUACAAGUAUCCCGGUUAAUUACCUUAGCUUAGCGGAAUAUUCCAGCGAUUAUUCGGAUUGAUUGCGGACGGACGCAAGAAAAAUGCGGGACAUUGAUGAUGGCGGAGUGGAGCAGCGAAUCCGCUGGAUGCGGACAGUUAUACUGCUCCUGCUCGUGAUAACUAUGUUUCCCUUGUGUUAUGGCUUCACUAAUCUCAAACUCGGCCAGAUUCCCGUAGUUGAGACGCGCAGCCUGUCCAACUUCACCAUCCUCGACUCGGCACUCCCCUUCAAAGUCUUCGUCCAACUGGACCCCAAGACCACCCAGCCGACGAUGGACGUGGCCGUCCUCAACCGCACCCUCCUCGACCAGAUCACCUGGAGCGUUGACACGGUCAAGGGGGUCCUCCGCCUCUCCUACAACCCCUCCGCCGCCCCCACCGACAACCUCCAGGGCUUCUUCGGCAACAUCGGCGGCCUGACCGGCAACUCGGCCUUCUCCAUCUUCGGCUCGGGCCAGGUGACCAUCAACGGCGUCACCGUCACCGGGGGGAACGGCGCCCCGUCCAUGAGCGGGAAGGAGGCCGAGGUAACCAUCCGCACCAGCGCCUUGACCGCCAUCCUGGCCGACGGGUCGGGGGACAUCGAGGUGCAGUCGCCGGUGGUGGUCGCGGGGACCCUGACGCUCUCCGUCACCGGGUCCGGGAGUAUGGGGCUUCCCAGUGUCACGGCGGACACCCUGCAGGCCUCCAUCACCGGGUCGGGGACCGUGAAGAUCGCGGGGGGAAAGGUCAAUACGGCUAGUAUCUCCGCGCACGGGACUGGGUCCUUCGACGGGGAGCGGCUACAGGUGGGGAGCGCCAAUGCGUUGGCCUCGGGGAUGGGGAACAUCGCGGUCAGUGUUAGCGAGAAUCUGGUGGGUUCGCUGGCCGGAAUGGGCGGGAUCAAGUACCACGGGACGCCCAAGGUCAACGUCCAGACGUCCGGGUUGGCGCAGGUCACCAAACUGGACACCGCUUAAUAUUCUCAAUAAUUUCCAUUUGUUUCUCAAAGCGCUUUAAUGUGCUCAAGCUUUUUAUACCGUUCUACGCGCGCAGCUCUGUGAGUUUGUAUUUCUCCUGAUUAUUUAAGGAAUCAAUGUGUUACCUUAUAUAAUUAUUCAGUUUUUGUCAUCAUAUUAAUUUUGUACCGGAACUGCAAAAAUUAUAAUAUGAAAGAGUGUUUAUCGACUUUUGCGACUAUUGCGCAGCAAAAAAAGCUGGAAAAAAAGC